AUGGCGUUAACAUUGCCCCUACAAAUCUUCGAAAAGAUCUACCAAUGUUGUUCAAACGAAGAAAACUCGUCGAAAAACGCGAAUUAUCGAUUGGCGGAACGAUUACUCGAACAUGCUACACUAAUCGACCUACUGAAGUGGCGGAGAGUGUCCAAGACCUUCAGAAGAGCUGCUGACAACCGGCUCAAGUCAUUCACCCGCAUCGAUGUUCGCGUUUAUCCCGGCCUCAACGACAUAUACAACAACCGCUGUGAUUCCGGUAAGAUUUACCCGAUAACACUCUUGCUUGUUUGGCGAAGCGUUUUGAUUAAUUGAGGCGACAAAGUUAACAUUGGGUGAUCAUUGGUAUAUAUCUUUUGAUGACUUUUUGUGAACCAAGCACGUUUUUGGCGGUUAAAACUUUUGUAAAAUUGUUGACAUUUCGAUUAUAAUAUAGUAGCGGAGUAGUUGGGUUCAGUUUAAAACCAACGAUCCAAUAUUUUUAAAUUCAAUUAAUACUUGAACCCAAUGGCCAAAUAAAGUCUAAAGCAUCCAUAAUAUUAUUUAAAAACCUCUCAUUUCAGAUCUAUUUGAAUGGCACCCAAAAGCGCCAAUAAUGCUGAUGGAAACAGGACCAAACCAAGUUGGAAUUGCCAUUGAUUCAAAUAUGAAGACGGCCAACGUUCGAGCCCUAUUAGAGAUAUUGUCAGUGUUCAGAAGCUCGACUCAAGAACUGUUCAUGGACAGUCCAGUCAUCGACCUGUUUAUAUCACAAAUCAACAAGGAACAGAUGUACGCUCUGAUCGAGUUACUACGCAAGAACAGAGUCAUGAAGAAGUCGACUGCCAUCUUUGAUGCCCAUGUGAAGAUACUGGAUUUGCCACCACAAAAGUCGUUAGUACCAUUUGGACCAUUCUUCCCCAAUUUGAAGAAAUUCACCGUGACUUCCACGGUAAGUAUUAUGUGUUAUUAAAAUUUUAUUUUUCACUUUGUUAGCGUAUUUUAUGAAAUUUUUGCUACGAAUAUCAAUUACUAUGUAUAUGUAUACCUCUAAAGCAGUUAGUAGAUCUCAAGUUACCAUUUCACAAUUUCAGUCAAACCAACUGGAACACCUAUCCCGCUUAUGUACAUAUGCAGUCGGAGUAGAACUACUGUACCAUCCCGAGAACAUUGACCUACUAUGUCUUCGUAUCAUCCUUGGCGGUCGAUGGUUCCGAAAACCGCACGUUCGUAUGUUCAAACAUGUAGCUCGCUUCAGACAAUGGACUGAAGCCAACUCGAUGGGUGAACGUUACUUCCAACAAUUUACUCCAACCACCAAAGGCAAACGUAUUUUAUAA